AUGCACGAGAGAUAAUUGUCUUUCUUGAAUGGCCGAGAAAUCCCAUCCUCCGCUGCAGCGCACCGCGCAUUCCAAGGUCGAUGAUCUCGAAAAAAUCAAGGAGUGGCAGGAAGCACGCCUCGAACGGAAACUCCGUGGAGAGUAUGAAUCUGCUAUUUUUAACCUUGCAGAACUUGUCAAUCAAAAUCUCGAGACCUCAAUAUCAGUCACAUCAGUCCGUGUAGAUGGCGCAUCAAAUACCAGGAAGUCUUUCUUAAGCUGGUUGAUCCAGCCGUGGCUUGCACGGCAUACGGACGACCGGGCAAGCAAAUCGAACACCCUGCAAGGAGCGUUGUAUACUGCAAGGGGCAUAAGUCACAUUCUGCAAGAGACAGACCUGUUUCACUCUGUUGAUGCGAAAAUUCAGAGGAGUCGAGACCACCUUGCCAAAGAAGGGGACGUCGACAUUGUUGUCAACACACGUGAAAAAGGCCGGUUCUACUUGAAAACUGCAACGGAAUUCGGUAAUAACGAGGGUAGCGUUAGCGUCACGGGCAGAGUGCGCAACAUAUUCGGUGGAGCUGAAUUCUUGGAAGGUCACUACUCCGCAGGCACAAAAACGCGUCGUUCUUUCCAUGGGCUUCUCUCGCUUCCCCUUUCACCGUCUCUGCGCACAACGGGGCAACUUUCGCUGUUCAGCCUGGAACGAGAUCUCUCUUCUUUUGCAAGUUGUUCGGAGAUCUCACAUGGUUUAAAGGUUGCAAUAAAUAGCAACUGGGGAGUUCAUGGUGUCCACGAAGUCGCAUAUCAGGCCGUUUUGAGGCAUAUCAACAAUUUAGCACCAAGUGCAUCAAUAAGCAUUCGCGAACAUGCUGGUCAAACUAUCAAGUCAUCGAUAUCUCAUUCAUGGACAAAGGAUACUAGAGACGAUAAGCUCGCAGCGUCGCGUGGCUACUAUGGCAAAUUUUUCCAAGAAUUAGCUGGACUGUCAGGGGACGUGUCAUUUUACAAGGCUGAGGUUGAAAGUCAAAUUUCCCGACGCCUCGUUCCAGGCAUGAGCAUCUCAUUGGCUGCACGGUCUGGCUUCUUAAAGGCUCUCACCGGCCAUAGCCAUUUCGCUGAUAGGUUCCAGCUCGGCGGACCACUGAAUUUAAGGUCGUUCAGGGCGAACAGCAUGGGCCCUCGAGAUGGAGGCGAUUCACUUGGCGGUGACCUUUACUGGUCGACAGGCCUUUCUUUGGUGUCCGAUAUCCCGCGGAAACCGCAUUGGCCCAUCAAGUCGCACGUAUUUGUGAACGCUGGAAGGUUGGAUGCAAUGGACGAAACGAAAGGACUAGGCGAGAAUUUAAUAGGGUGCCUACGAAGACCCUCGAUAUCCGCGGGAGUUGGCCUUAUAUACCGAUUCGAUCCUGUGAGAGUAGAGGUGAACUUUGGGGUGCCGCUUGUUGCAAGCAAGAGCGAUGGUGUGCGGAAGGGGUUCCAAGUUGGCAUUGGCAUGGAGUUUCUAUAAAUUCUUCGUGUUCGGGGGUGCAUGUCAGAUAUAAAUGUCUGGUAGCUUUGUGGUAGCUAGUUCACAACUCGCCAAUAUGCGACCCCCCUCUUAAUUGACCCCCCGGGGAUAUUACCUAAUCAUUUACUUCUCGUUUUGAGUGCAU